CGAGAAUACGCGAACAGGCCUUCCAUAAUUUUAUGAAAUCGCGUAUCAUUUAUACUAAUGGCGAUAUUAUUCAAACGCACGAGUCACCAUAGCGGUCACAAAUAAGACAGCCAUAGGAAAGGUUCGCUCGCCAUAGUUAAGUAAUGCGGAAACUCAGAAGAAAUCAUAACAAUCUCCUGCGCUGCCUGCGGAUCCACAAAUAUGUAAAUCAUCUCAUUAAAAUAAACAAAACUCCAAAAGCAAGCUUUAUCCUCGUUCCUUGAGAUGCGGAAUAUUUGGCAUACACUCAUUCGUUAGCCAGUUACCGGUAUUGACAUGCGCGUCCAGCGGGCCAUUAUACGAUCUAAAAAGAUAAAUUGUGAAGCGGUACUAGAGAUUCUGAUUCAUAAUUCUAAAGCGCCAAGACAGUGUUUACAUACAAGUUAUGGAGAACCAAACAGCGUCACCUGUUAUGGAAUUAGUGACAAAUGAGACUCUCAUAAAGCAAGUGGCCAACUUCUUCAAUGUUAGUGUAGCGAAUGUGACAAACCAAAGUGUAGUGCAGCAAGAGACACUCUUCGAUUUGUACGAAGCCUACAGGACGCAGGAAAAGGAGCAAUUGACCGCGUACAAAACUGUGGCAUAUGUGGUCGGGACAUUGAUAAUCUUAAGUAACUUAAUUGUUGUUGUAUCCAGUGGCCUCAUACUUCGACGAGGCCAGCAGCCCAAGAGCACCUACCUCCUGCUAGGAAAUGUGUCGCUGGCAGACACGAUCAUUGGCGCGGCCAUCAUCUUUGGGUCUGUGAUCGACAACUCCGUCGCUUCCAAUCCACUGUGCAUAUUUCAAAUUGGUAUGAUCGUAUGCCCAGCGAUAGUGUCCAUAUUCAGCGUCGGACUGAUAGCCGUGGACCGCUAUUUCUACAUACUACAUGGCUUAUACUACCAAAGAUACUUUAAUACUACAAGGGUCAGAAUUGCCAUUGCUAUUAUUUGGAUGAUUGGUCUCAUCCUCGGAUUUAUGCCGGUCACUGGAUGGGUCAAUAACGAGCUAAUAUAUACUAGAUGUUACUACCACGCACUCUUCCCUGGAAUAUUUGUCGCGAGCUUACCAGCUAUGGGUUGGACAGGCCAGACUUUCACCAACUAUAGAUGCUGGUAUGUUGCGCUAUUCCCGAGAGCCCUGCUGAUCAUCCUCUCUGUCGUUGUACUAUCAGUCAUCAUUAUGGUAUGCAUUUUGUAUUUUCUUAUUCUACACAGUGCUGUAAAAACUGUAGAUAGAAUCAGAGAAAUUAAAGAAAGCUACAAUUACAAUAUUGCUUUUGUCAACAAAGCUUUCGAAACGACUGAAGCUGAAGACAGCAGCUCCAGCAACGUUGACGAAAUAUCGAAAACGACGGUCACUAUAACAAUAUCUAAAGAAACUAUAACACAAAAGACUCGGGACUCUAUGGAAAUGCAUGAACUAAAGAAGAAAAAUGUAGAAGAAAACAGAAUUGGAAAUAAGUUAAAACAGAGAUUUGAAGCGAUCUCUAGUUACUACAGAAAAGCGAAGGCAGUUGAUUCGCACCCGAGCAAGUUGAAAGCUGUCAAGACUGUGCUAUUGGUUACAGCUUGCUUUGUUGGAACUUGGGCUCCAUAUUAUGUAUCAAUAAUUGUUUAUGUGAAAUGUGAUAUUAUGACCAACGGGUACGACUGCAUUCCUCUAGAAUUAUUAACAUUAGGACCAUUAUAUUUAUUAGGAGUAAGCAAUUGUCUAUUAGACCCAAUAAUUUAUGCGUGGAGACAUUCUGGAUUUAAACAAACCCUUAGGAAUAUGUAUUGGAAAUAUGUAUUAAGAAAUUUUAAAUAAGUAUACAUUCAGAAGAUGAUGAUAUUUGAAUGAGCCUAGUGUAAGAAUAACAAGCACAGAGUGCUUUAAAUAGUUCAAUAAAUUACUUAUUACAAAA